AACGUAUGUGUUUUGCAGAUUAAUAAAUUCGUCUAAAACUCCAAACGCAUGGCUAAAAGGAAGGUGCCUAAAAACCAAGAAGCAAUAGUCAAAAGAGGUAAGAACGUAAUAAGUGACAUGAUCGAAACUGGAAAAUUCGAAAUUAACGACGAAAAAAUCGGAAUUAAUCAAUCACCUUAUUCAGGGAAUAGUUUGAGACUGGUAAAGCCAAAGCUAGAUUGCAAAAAAAGCACUACAGAAAAUAGUCAAGACGAUGCGCUCCAGAACGAUGAAGAGCCCAGCAACUUAUCCUGGCUGGUCAACCUGAGUGCAGCCUCCCUGUUUACAGGCACCCAAGCUCAUCAGCCACUACUCCAGCAUUGUGAAACAUCUAGCUUCCAAACUACAAUGAAACCAGGACUCACUUAUACUGAGCUUAUUGAAAAAGCUUUAAGUGAGCAUGGGGAAUUGACACAAGAGAAUAAAAAGUCAAUUAGAGGAGAAAAGCGAAAGAAACCAGUGAUUAUCACAGAAGAAGAAGAAAUAGAAAUAGCUACAAAAAGUAUAAUGCUUGAGGAGGAUAACUCCAAUGAUUCGAGUCGUUUACGUCCAGACACUGAUCCCUCCUUAGUGAGGGUAGCUACUGACAUCCUCAGUGGAGUAGACAAACAUGUGGAAGUGGAAUAUAUGAGUCGUGUCGAUUCACUUUCUGCUCCACUUAUAAUUGAAGAAGAAGACAUAAUGGAGUGUGUUGACCCGAUGCUGGCAGAUCCACUUCUUUUUUCCGACUGCUUGGAACUUGGUUUUCAACCUUAUGAGUUGAUUGAUCCUCGACUGUAA